UCUUAACAAGGACCUCCAGAGAUAGACACGUAUUACAUGGUGUGUGUGGUGCCGCGUACCAUCACUUUUUUUGACUAGUGUGUUCCAAGGACCUCAGCUUAUAGGGAUUCGUUGCGCGCGUAUAUCGCACUCUUGAUCGGGUUCUGAACGGUGUGAUGUGUAAACUUUGUGACUGAUUUGUGGUUCCUUGUAUUCGGUGGAUGAUACACGAGUGAUUGUAGCGGGGCAAGAUGCCUAAGAUAUUUUUGAUCAAGAACAGGCUGCACCAGCAGCAGCUAAGGCUCGAGUCUCAGAACAGUGGGAACUGGAAGAAUGACCUUGGGAUCGGGGAUACGCAGCCUUUGUCGCUGAUUGUGCAGAAAAAAUGCGAUUCGGAAAAGAAACCAGAAGACCGCCCGAAAUCGAAAUCCCCUACCCCCGAGCCUUCCCCCAAGCCUGAAAAUGCUCCACCGCGUCGAUUCAUCUCCUCCAUUCUGGGGGGUGACAAACCCUAUGGCAGCAGAGGACACGUACUCACCAGAGCCGAACGGAAAGAGUACCCCUUCAAACAGGAGAAACCCUCCCUGCCGUCCACCCCUGCACCCCCCUCUACCGCCCCCCCGCCGCCUGUGCGGCACUUCUCCGUCAUCCAGCGCACCCCCGCGGCCGCCUCCAAGCGGGAGGAGGACGUGGAGGUGCGUUUACCCCCCAGCCAGACACCGCGCAGCGAGCCGGAGCAGGAGCAGCCAAUCGACUACCACAUCCCGCGGCGGCGAGGCGAGACCGAGGACGAGCGAGAGGAGGAGCGGGUUAGGGAGCAGCGGCGCAGUCGGGGGGCGAAGGUCGGCAAGCCGCUGAUAUCUGUCAGAUCCCUCGUAGGCAAACUCCCCACCACAAUAUCCGCCGCCGCUGGCCACGGCCGAGGCUCCUCCGGCACGCAGAACGGCGGCGGCGGCGGCCAAUCGAACGCCGCUCCGUCCAGCGGAGGCGGGUCCAUCAGCUUUGGGGGCGGGGCGUCGGGUGGGGGCGGGACCGGGGCCAUGGGGGGCGGGACCGGAGGUGGCGGGGGCGGGAUGAACCCAGGAGGGGGCGGCAGGCGGAACUACGGCCCCAGCAGCCCGCCUACGGGCAGUCUGCCGCCCUUCUACGAGUCGCUCAAAAGUGGUAACAAUGGCAACAACUACAACGCGAACGGCAGCUUCUCCUCCAACUACAUCCUCUCCAACCAAACCAUGGACUGCGACACCGGCCAAGACCUAGCCAACCUCUCGAUCAGCGGCAACCAAAGCCCCCCUAAACAAUACUCCACCCUCCAGAACGCCUCCUACGGCAUCGUCAUGAAGGACGAAAGCGACCUCGACCUCUACGAAUCCAAAAUGGACCCCAUGAAUCAACUCCUCCCUGCAGGCUACUCCACCUACGACGAAUCCAUGAUGGUGGAUCUGGUCACUGGGAAUGUUGUGGAUCCCUUGCAGUUCACCGCCACCUUGACCUUUUCCAGCUCGGCAGAAAACGCCCUUUUAGAGAGCUUCUCCGACGCUACAGACUUGUCCACCUUCCUCCAGAGGCUACCCAGCGAAGAAAACGACAGCGAUGACGUCAUAGCGAGCAGCAUACACUCCCCAGCCAUGACUCCCGAGUCACAGCUGCAACCAGUUGAUCAAAGCAUCGACACUUUCGGGGAUCAGAUGUUGAACAGGCCCUACGAAACGCGCAGCAACUUCUCCCACAACCAGUUCUCCAAGAUGUACCAGGACUCGUUGCCUCCCUACCAGUCCUCCCUUAACGGCGACUCCCUCCAAUCGCAGAUGCACCAGCAUGAGAUGCUCUCCCCCUCUCUGUCGUUCAACGGCAGCGGAUUGGACCUCGAUUCCCCCACCACCAUGUCGCUGCCCUCUCCAGGCGCGGCGAGCUGCUCAUUGGACGAGGGAGGGAGUGUCACGCCCUCCGAAAAUUUGGGCCUUCCCGCAGAGGUCCAGCUGGAAUUCGUGAACGGCGGGCACGGCAUCAAGAACCCGCUGGCCAGCCAGGAGGCGGUCCGCAGCUCUUCGAGGGCCGACGACAAGGCCAAGGCCGCCGCCGUCGCGACGGAGGACGGCCACCCCAACUUCGCGUGCCGCAUAUGCAGCAAGACGUUCGCGCUGCAGCGGCUGCUCAACCGGCACAUGAAGUGUCACUCGGACGUCAAACGGUAUCUGUGCACGUUUUGCGGCAAGGGGUUCAACGACACGUUCGAUCUGAAGCGACACACGAGGACGCAUACAGGUGUAAGGCCGUACAAGUGCAGCCUUUGCGAGAAAUCCUUCACGCAACGGUGCUCCUUGGAAUCGCACUGCCUAAAAGUGCACGGCGUCCAGCAUCAGUACGCCUACAAAGAGAGAAGGACCAAGGUGUACGUGUGCGAGGAAUGCGGCCACACAACCAACGAACCGGAAGUCCACUACCUCCACCUCAAGGAGAAGCAUCCGUAUAGUCCGGCGUUGCUCAAGUUUUACGAUAAAAGGCACUUUAAGUUUACGAAUUCCAACUUUGCAAACAUGCUCUUGCAAACCUGAUCUUCGACAAACUAAAAUUGGAUACGAAGUCUCGAAAGAAAAGAGUUGGAAAACAAUGUACUAUGAAGGAGCAUCGUGAUGAAAACACCCCAAGAAGGCAACAACUUGUCCAACAUACAAAAAAAUUCUGGAACUGAUUUUUUUCAACAAAUUCAAAAAACCGUUCUCUAUAAACAAUUUCACUCAGGGAAGGGAAAAAAUGGCUUCAGAUAAUUUUGUAAAAUUUUGCAUCUUCAAUUUGCAUCACAUUUCUACAGUCCAGUCGAUCUUGUUAAUUGAAAAAGUGAAAAAUUAAUGGCACUCCAUUUGGAAAUUGGAGUGACUCUAUGGUCAAAAUGAAAUAAAAAAUCAGAAUUAUAACUUGAAACCUGGAAAGAAUGAAAAAUAAGUCAUUUUUACUCUCACCUAGCUCUGAAUGGAAUUGUAUAAUGGAAUAUGAAAAAAUUUGCUUACCAAAAAAAUCACGGUGCUCAGGGAAGGGGGUAGGGAUAUAAAAAAUGAUCCGUCCAAUGUAGUUAGUAGUCUAUCGAAAAAAAAAAAUCUCUUCUCUCGAAACAUUGGAUCUGUCAAAUCUCUUCUGUGAUAAUUCAGUUUUUACGAAUCUCCUUUUCAACUUCGUUUUCGAUAACUGGGAGGUUAUCUGCGGGAAAUGAAAGAAAAAACGAUCGAGCCUAGAUGGGUCCGCGACAAGCGGAGACUGUAAUAAAAAUCGGGUUUUUUGUGCAAUCAGGUGGAAGGAACUGGGUUUACUCGAAUAAGUGUAGCUUAAGACAAAGUGUAUAGUAAGGGAGCGACGUUAGAAUUUGGACCAAAUCUCGAAUUUAUAGCUAGAUCCAAUAGUUUUCAAUGAGAAAUGUUACUUGUUUAUCUCACUAUUACUUUCUCCACGAAAGGUCUGUACAGGGUGGGCCAAAUUUAAAGGGAAAUUCCAAUUAUUGAACCAGAUGGAAGAAAAUGAUGUCGGUGCCUGUGGGUCGAUUCUCAUGAAAAACUCAAUGAGGAAAUCCACAAAUCGAGUUCGGAGUUACAAGGUGUUUUUCGAAAAUGGACAUUUUUGAAAAGUGGCUAUACAGUUAUUUUUUGCAAAAAUCGUCUAUCCUCAUGAAAAUAACUGCAAAGCAUUGAGUUUGUGAUAAAACCUUUUCUCGAGGCGCUGAAAUCGGCCUUCCUAUAUCUCAAGUUCAAGUUUAUUUAAUCCACAGAGCAGUUAUAUGCUAUCGGACAAUUCAAGUCAGUACAAAUAUUUGGAUAUAUGAAAUACAAUUAAACAUACAGUCUAAGUAAACAAACAAACAAACAAACAAACAAACAAACAAACAGGUAUUAAAAAAAUUCGUUCAAACUAUAGGGGCAGAGGUCGAGGAGAUGCAUUUUCAUUUUAUUCUUGAACGUAUGCAGUUCAUUGAUCAAUUUUAAUUCUUCGGGAAGAGAAUUGUAUAGUCUGAGUCCCAAUAUGCCCGAUGAUUUCUGAGAUAUCGUCAAACGUACGUUGGGCAAAUAGAAAUUAUUCUUUGUUUGCGUUUGAUUACUAUGUAUUGAAUUAUGUUUUUUUACCUCGUUUUUUAUGUAUAUUAGUUGAAACUUCAAGGAUAUAUAACCCACAUAGGGGAAGUAACUUGUAUUCUUAGAAUAAUUUCCUACAUGUGGUGCCACUAGGAACACUGGCAAGACAUCAUACAAUUCUUUUCUGCACUAUGAAGUCUUCAUUAGCGGCAGAUAAGUUAUACCCCAGAUGGUGAUUCCAUAUGUCAUUCGAGAUUGAAUUUCUCCGUGGUAAAAGAGUAGGAGCGUUACCACCGUGUUGUAUCGGUGGUAACGGUAGGAGCCCUCGCAUGUCCAAAAUUGAUUUGAAAGCUCUCAAUUGAAAGCAUUUAGUACUCAAUGUAUUUCAUCUAUAUUUAUUUUACAACGGGAACAUUUUUAUUCUGUCUGCUAUGAAAAGUUAAGUAAUUUGUUUCUGAAGCAUUCAAAUAAAGGGAGUUAUCAUAUGACCAUCUACAAAGUGUCUGAAUACUAUCAUCAAUAAUUCUGUUUUGAAUUUGAGUAUCAGAUUUGCCUGUGAAUAAUAAUGUAGAAUCAUCUGCAUAUAAACAGGUGAAUGCAUUUGGAAGGAUCAAAGGCAACUCAUUGAUGUACAGUGUGAACAGAAUGGGCCCCAGUACUGAUCCCUGAGGGACUCCAAUUCCAACCGGUAGUUCACUAGAAAUAACUAUAAGAAUAUGAGUUCUUCUUGAAGGAAAAGUUCUAUUUUGCGGUGACUGAUUUUAGUGCCUGAGGAUCAAUUUUCAUGACAAACACAAUGCUUUAGGAAUGUUUCCAGGAAAACGAAGAGUUUUUGCGAAAAAAAGAGGUUUUAGCCACUUUUCAAAAAUACACCUUUUCGAAAAACACCUCGUAACUCUGUAAUAAAGAUUGGUAUCGAUUAGCGGUCUUGACCUUUGAGUUUGUCAGGCACCGACAUCAGUUUUUUUCAUCUUGUACAGAAAUAGGACUUACCCUUUCAAAGUGCCCAUUUUAGCCCACCAUGCACAUGGUCCUGAGGUCAAAAUAAGCUGAUUUAAAGCAACUCACCUCAGUCAGAAAUUGCUCCGUUUUCGAGAUACAUGAUGGUAAAUUUAAAAAAUAAAAAUCGGCCCGAAAGUACUCUAGAAACGUAUUUUGAAAAAUCAAUUUUUACACUGCUCAUUCACUGACAAAAUUACAUCCACAAAGAUAACAUAAUCUUUUUUUUUUUUCAAAAUAAUUUGAAUAUUCCGGUGCAGCAUCGAACACAAAAAACCGAAAUAUCUCGAAAACGACUUACCUAGUUUAGCGAAUUUCAACAAUUGUACUUUUUUUUUGCUUCAAAAUAUUCAGAAAAGUAUUUCCUCAGCAAACAAAGUGAAAAAAGUUAUGGCCAUUCUAAACCAUAAGAUAUGCAUUUGGUGAGAGCCUUCUGAUGGCCACAGUGGAAAGAUGUCAAAAAACCCCCGGCAGCUAAUUUUUCAACUUUACCACCCUGUAUCUCAAAAAUGGAAAGAGGGGACACCCUGUAUAGAUGUAGUUAAAAAUUGCCUCAAAGAUUUUCAAAGCGUUUUCAGGAAACUGAAGCCAAUCGACCUGCACAAAAUACAGUGUAUAGGCGAUGGUUAAUCAAGUAUUCAAAAUUACCAAUCAAAUUUUGAUUGCAUAGACCCAAUGACCAAAAAAGGUCUUUCACCAAAGUUACACAAGGAGUAUUUUUAUUGUACUUUUUUUAGAUUCUGUAAUACGCAAUUGUUUGUUUUAGACGUGCCAACUUUCGUGUCUGAAGUUAUCUCCUCGUAUAGUUGAAGCUGUAGGUACAAUUCAAAAUGAAAAGAGAAUUUUCACAAUAAUUUGUGGGUAACAUUUGUCAUUUUAGAUAGCCAUUGGAUGAAAAUCCAAACUUUAACGCGCUCCUUAUCGAUUCUGGUGCUUCAUAGAGAACUCUUUAGAACUAUGGUGCUACAGAAUAUUUCAAAGAAAAAUGUUAGUUGUGAUCUUCUCUCUACUACAACGAACAAAUUUUUGCAAUACUUUAGUCCUUGUUAAAGUGAGAAUUUGUUAUUAUUUUGGUAUGAGUGUUGAUAACUGUUUGUAUAUAGAAAUAUUUAGUUUAUCUGCUAUAAGUACCUUUUAUCUUAUAGUUGGUCUUUUUUUGGCAUGUUAGUGUGUACUAUUUAAUUUUUGUCUAUUUGCCAGUGUACCUAGAAAUGUUGAAUUGAGUUUAAUAUUAUUUGUUUCAUUUUUACGUCACAGUAUUCACGAAUUUCUAGAAUGUAUAUUUUUACGUACCCAAUGGAACUGAGUUUAAGGAAAGAUAUUUUUCUUGAGCUUCUUUAUUUAAAAAUUAGCUUUACUUUUCAUUUCUGAUACUUUUUAACUUUAUUAUAUGUAUUUAUGUAACUUCACGCUCAGUUAUUACUUAAUAUAGAACAAAAUAUGUAGUUGUCCUAAUGUUGUUAUACAAAUAAAUUAUAUUCAUAUUGAUACUGAAUACAUUUUUUAUUUGUUCUCCAAAAUAUUGAAAUAUGCCUAUACCUGACUGGGAGAAGAAGUAUCAAUUAUCGGGUUGUUUUCAUAAAUAUAUAUUAUUCAAUUAUUAUAAAAACAAUAAAAACUAUAUUUGAAAUAACAUUCUAAAAGAUAAAUCAAUCAUUGCUCCACUUCUAUUGAAUACAUCCGAAAAACUGUUAAAUACAAAAGUGGAUAUACACAUUUUAAAAACAUAUUUUCUCUGAAAGUUUUCAAAAUUAAAUAUUAAAAUACAAUUUUCAAUAUCCCUCAAUCAAGCUCAACAACAAAAAAAUGAAAGUUACUUUUUCAAUCAAGCAUGUGUAUAGAAAUACAAACCUAUAUUCACUAAUCUUCUCUAAUAGUAGAAAGAAGUUUGAACUGAAAAAUGUGAACAAGAAAAAUACCUUUUCAUCGCAAAUAUUACACUGUAACUCCUGUCCUAAGGUUUCCAAAAGUAUCGCUACUCUUUUUCUGUGAAUUUUGAGAAUUAUCUGCAUUCUGUCUUUUUACA